UGUUGUUGCUCGAUCGUGUCAGUUCUGCGUUCCGUGAAGAUCUUUUUUUCUAAAAAAAAGAAAUAUUUUUAGAACUUUUGAGUCUUUCCAAAACCAAAAAAAUAAAGAAGACUCGUAAAAGUAGAAAGCAAUUGUCGUUUGGCAUUGAAAAAUCCGUGUUGAAGGUCAAAAGUGUCAGAAUGAAAGUUCAGCUAACGAACAACACAUGCUGGUUACUGCUGCUCACAUGCUCGUCAAUAGCGGCAAGCAGUAUCACGUUCAGAGAUGAGUUGCCGACGUCAAAGCCACAAUUUCCGGUUCCGCAAAGACCGGAGAGAGAUUCGUCAACACAUCAGCAAGAUUAUGGGCAACAAUGGCAAGUUGCACAGCAACCGCAGUAUCAACAACAACAAACAAAUUUGCAGCAGCAGCAACAACAGCAAUUUUCGUCUCCGAAUCCUCAGUAUCAACAGCCAUCGAGUCAACAGCAGCAGUUUUCACCUGUUUAUCCACAAACGAGUCAGGUGCAACCACAAUCGAAUGUGAAUCAAGAACAAAAUCGACUUGCAGCUGUCAAUUCGUUAGUUGCUGAUUUGGCAAGAGGCAAUACGAGAUUUUCCUUGAAUAUGUUUAAGACUCUUACCGACGCAAUCCCAAAUACUGACUUCAUGUUCUCGCCAUUUACGGUAUACUCACUUCUCGCAACUCUCGUAGAAGGAGCAACGAAUCCAAGUGCGACUUUGAACGAAUUACUGAACGUAUUGGAAAUUCCCACAAAUGCUAUGUCGAGUUUGGGCGACAUUUAUGACGAAAUUUACAAGAAAUUGACGAUCAAAACAGACACAAUUGAAUUGAGCGUUUUUCAAGGAAUUUUCCAUAAUCACACUCAUGCUCUUCAACAGCAAUUCAGAAAUGUCGCAGAGUCAAAAUAUCACACAAAAGUCACUGAAUUCCAGAAAGGCAAGUCAGCGGAUCAAGUCCUUUCAACGAUUAAUGAAAUUGUGAGAACCGCCACAAAUGGCAAUCUUCAAGCUGCUUUCCGCAAAAGUGAGAUCCAAUCAGCGCCGAUGCUCAUGUUGAGUGCCAUUCAUUUCAAGGGUCAAUGGGCGAAUCCUUUCAAUCGAACUCACACAAAAACGGAAACUUUUUACGAUGAGUUCGGAAAUCCCGUUGGAGAUGUUCAAAUGAUGUUCGAACGUGCAGUUGUUGCUUAUUCGCCGAUCAAAGAGCUCGAAUCGCAUGUCAUUCAACUUCCGUAUGGGUCACAAAAUCGUCUUGGCAUGAUAGUUAUUUUGCCACGAAAAAACGUGUCUCUGAGUGAAGUUGCCACAAAAUUAGCUGGUUACAGUUUGACCGAAAUGUUCAAAGUGCUCGACAAAUCUUUGAAGGAUUUCGAGGAUGACGAGAUCGAAAUUCACCUUCCGCGCUUCAGUACGAACACGGAUUUGGCAUUAAACUCAAUUUUAGCCCAACAAGGUUUACGGUCGAUUUUCUCGUCGGAUGCUGAGCUUAACAGAAUGAAUCCCAAUAUUUUCCUUUCGCGCCUGAUUCACAAGGCAAAAAUUGAUGUUGAUGAAGAAGGAACUGUCGCUUCUGCCGUUACGGGAGGCGUUUUUGCGAAUAAAUCGUCAGCGCCACGUUUUUACGCAAAUCGACCAUUUUUGUAUUUGAUCGUUGAUCGCGAGACAAAUUUGAUACUUUUCUGUGGGCAAAUGCGGAAUCAGCCUCACGUGAAUCAACGACCAAAUACCGCGAGAUCAGGCUGAUUUUUUUUUGUAAUUUUUUUUAUUGACUUGAAAUAAAUAUUUUUUUUUUCGUAAAAA